AAAACAUUUAAUCAACACAGGAGUUGAACAAAAAAUAAAUACAUUUUGACAACAAAAUUGUUUAAUUCAUAUAAACUAUUUACUUAUUGAAUUACCAGAAAACAGGCUGUAUCGAGAUAUGGAAGUACAAGGAUAAACAAGUUUUAUGUCCGUUGUUUAUGAACUUUUUGCAUUAGGACAUAUGGCUCUCAUUCUUGACCUUUUAAAGACAUGACAGAGUCACACGUGAUCAUGCUUUGGCCUCUUAUGAAUGCCCACUUUUUAUUUUUUAUGUUUGAAAGGUUGACAUUUUCAGCAGCUUCUAAAUUUGAUCCUUGUUCGUGUGUAUGUAUGUGUGUUGUGUUCUACAUAUAUAGCCUCUGUGACUGUGCAGAAACAUGACACCCCCUUUGGCUGUUUGGCAUUUGGCAACUAAGAGGGCGAGUGUUAACAUAUUUGUGUGCGUGCAUGCGUGCUGUGCGCGCGCGAGGGAGGGAAGAAGGCAAUGAUAGAGGUGUAAGCAACAUAAGGACUCCUGAAGACAUCAGUGAAGAGUGUUCAGAGCCAGGAGGCACAGUUCUUCUCCGUAAGCCAUCUGAUAGAGUGUGCAAGGCGGGGAGAAGGAGCCAGACAGAACCAGAAGCUUGGAUCUAAACCCUGGGGAGUGGGUUGGGAGGGGGGCGUGGGGUGCUAGAGGAAGGAGGAAGAGUGAUGGUUGGAGCUCCAUCACUUCUAAAUCCAGCUUAAAGCACCAUUUUAAAAGGCAAAAGAAAGAAAUAGAAAGAGUUUGGAAGGGAACUGACAAGAAAGAAAAUGAGACAGAGAGAGAACAGGGAACUAGAACUUCAAAACGAGGUCACCGUUUAAGAUACUCAGAGAGUUUCAGAGAGACACGGUGCAGGAUGGACGAAGACGAGUACGAGAACGGCCUGAACGCGCUGCAUCUGGCGGCGAAGGAGGGACACAUGGACUUAGUGGAGGAGCUGUUGGAGAGAGGAGCGGCCGUCAACUCUCCCACCAAGAAAGGAAACACUGCCCUCCAUAUCGCCUCACUGGCUGGACAAAGUGAAGUAGUCCAACUACUGGUGAAGAGAGGAGCCGACGUCAACUUUCAGUCACAAAAUGGCUUCACGCCGCUCUACAUGGCCGCCCAGGAGAAUCACCUGGAGGCGGUGCGAUACAUGUUGGAAAAUGAUGGGAACCAAAGCAUUGCAACGGAGGACGGCUUCACUCCGCUGGCCAUCGCCCUCCAGCAGGGCCACAACUCAGUGGUCUCCCUGCUGCUGGAGCACGACACCAAGGGCAAAGUCCGCCUGCCGGCGCUGCACAUCGCCGCCCGCAAAGACGACACCAAGUCGGCGGCGCUGCUGCUCCAGAACGACCACAACGCCGAUGUCCAGUCUAAAAGUGGGUUCACCCCUCUGCACAUCGCGGCUCACUAUGGCAACGUGAACGUCUCCACCCUACUGCUGAACAGAGGGGCCGCUGUGGACUUCAUGGCCAGGAAUGGGAUAACGCCUCUCCAUGUGGCCUCCAAGAGAGGCAACACCAACAUGGUGGCCCUGCUGUUGGACCGAGGGGGUCAGAUAGAUGCCAAAACCAGGGACGGGCUGACCCCCCUGCACUGUGCAGCCAGAAGUGGCCACGACCCAGCACUGGAGAUUCUGCUGGAUAGAGGAGCUCCCAUCUUAGCCAGAACCAAGAACGGACUGUCGCCGCUGCACAUGUCGGCCCAGGGAGACCACGUCGAGUGCUUGAAGUUCCUGCUGCAGCACAAGGCCCCGGUCGAUGACGUCACACUGGACUACCUCACAGCGCUGCACGUCGCGGCUCACUGCGGCCACUACCGAGUCACCAAGCUCCUGCUGGACAAGAAGGCCAAUCCCAACAUCAGAGCUCUGAACGGUUUCACUCCUCUCCACAUCGCUUGCAAGAAGAACAGGGUGAAGGUGAUGGAACUGUUGGUCAAAUACGGAGCCUCCAUUCAGGCCAUUACUGAGUCUGGCCUGACGCCCAUCCACGUAGCCGCCUUCAUGGGCCACCUCAACAUCGUUUUGCUUCUGCUGCAGAACGGAGCGUCUCCUGACGUCCGUAACGUUCGGGGUGAGACAGCUCUCCACAUGGCAGCGCGAGCGGGACAGAUGGAAGUGGUUCGCUGUCUGCUGAGGAACGGAGCGUUGGUGGACGCCAUAGCCCGGGAGGACCAGACUCCCCUCCACAUAUCGUCCCGUUUGGGGAAAACCGAUAUUGUCCAGCUGCUGCUGCAGCACAUGGCUCACCCGGACGCCGCCACCACCAACGGCUACACUCCGCUCCACAUCUCAGCCCGGGAGGGCCAGUUGGAGACCGCCGCUGUGCUGCUGGAGGCCGGAGCCUCACACUCGCUGGCCACGAAGAAAGGAUUCACUCCAUUACAUGUAGCAGCGAAGUACGGAAGCCUCGAUGUAGCAAAACUCCUCCUUCAACGCAAAGCUCUCCCUGACGAUGCCGGCAAGAAUGGCCUGACUCCGCUGCAUGUGGCAGCUCAUUAUGACAACCAAGAAGUAGCUCUGCUGCUGCUGGAUAAAGGGGCGUCGCCUUAUGCCACUGCAAAGAACGGAUACACGCCUCUCCACAUUGCCGCCAAAAAGAACCAGAUGAACAUCGCCCUGUCGCUGAUGCAGUACGGAGCGGAGACCAACGUUCUGACCAAGCAGGGAGUCAGCCCUCUGCACCUGGCGGCCCAGGAAGGACACGCCGAGAUGGCCGGCCUGCUGCUGGGCAAGGGAGCUCACGCCAACAAGGCCACCAAGGCCGGACUGACGCCUCUGCAUCUCGCAGCCCAAGAAGACCGAGUCAGUGCAGCAGAAGUUCUGGCCAAACAUGACGCCAACCUGGAUCAGCAAACCAAGCUCGGAUAUACCCCUCUGAUAGUGGCCUGUCACUAUGGAAAUGCCAAGAUGGUGAACUUCCUGUUACAGCAAGGCGCCAGUGUCAACGCCAAAACCAAGAAUGGAUACACACCCCUUCACCAGGCAGCACAACAAGGGAAUACGCACAUCAUCAAUAUGUUGCUACAACAUGGCGCCAAGCCCAACGCUACGACAGUGAAUGGAAACACUGCCCUGUCCAUUGCCAGGCGUCUGGGCUACAUCUCUGUAGUGGAUACACUGAAAGUCGUCAGUGAGGAGGUCAUCACUACCACAACGACGGUCACAGAGAAACACAAGCUCAACGUUCCUGAGACCAUGACUGAGAUCCUUGAUGUGUCUGAUGAAGAAGCUUUGAGGCUGGAAGACGAGCCAUUAUCUGAGAUGUCUGUGGAGCUGGAAGGCGAGGACACCAUGACGGGUGACGGAGGGGAGUAUUUGAGAGCGGAGGAUCUCCGAGAGCUGGGAGACGACUCUUUGCCGGGACACUACCUGGACAGCUUCAGCUACAUGAGCCACAACCUAGACAGGUCGCAGCACACUUCCACUCACCAAAGCUUCUGUCAGAGAGAGGGAGUUCUCAUCGAAGACAUGCUUACAAGCCACCAGGUGUCGGCGCUGUCUAAAGAACACGAUAAGGACUCCUUCCGUCUGAGUUGGGGUGCUGAGCACCUUGAUAAUGUGGUGCUGUCCUCCAGCCUGCUGCAUUCUGGCCGUUCCUCUCCGUGCCUAGACCAUGACAACAGCAGCUUCCUGGUCAGCUUCAUGGUAGAUGCCAGGGGCGGGGCCAUGCGUGGUUGCCGUAACAACGGCCUGCGAAUCAUUGUGCCACCAAGAAAGUGUUCUGCACCGACGCGGGUGACAUGCAGGCUGGUGAAGAGGCACCGUCUGGCCUCCAUGCCCCCUAUGGUGGAAGGGGAGGGGCUGGCGGGUCGCAUCAUCGAAGUGGGACCCACUGGAGCCCAGUUCCUGGGUAAGCUCCACCUCCCCACAGCUCCGCCCCCUCUAAAUGAGGGCGAGAGCCUGGUCAGUCGCAUCCUGCAGCUGGGUCCUCCAGGAACCAAGUUCCUCGGGCCCGUCAUUGUGGAGAUCCCCCAUUUUGCAGCCCUGCGGGGAACAGAGAGAGAGCUGGUGAUCUUGAGGAGUGAGACAGGGGAGAGCUGGAGGGAACACCACUGUGACUUCACCGAAGAGGAACUGAACCAGACACUUAACGGCAUGGAUGAAAAGCUUGAUUCUCCCGAGGAGCUUGAAAAGAAAAGAAUAUGCCGCAUCAUCACCCGAGACUUCCCGCAGUAUUUUGCGGUGGUGUCGCGGAUAAAGCAGGACAGUCAUUUGAUUGGACCAGAGGGCGGGGUCCUCAGUAGCACUCUUGUGCCCCAGGUCCAGGCUGUCUUCCCCGAGGGAGCCCUCACCAAGAAGAUCCGAGUUGGGUUACAGGCUCAGCCCAUUGAUAUCGAGGUGGUGAGGAAGAUUCUUGGAAACAAAGCCACGUUCAGCUCAAUUGUCACAUUGGAGCCAAGAAGGAGGAAGUUCCACAAGCCAAUCACGAUGACGAUCCCUAUUCCCAAGAGCUCCAAUAGUGACGGGACAAGCGGAGUAUACAGCGGGGAGACCCCCACCCUACGUUUGCUUUGCAGCAUUACAGGUGGAACCACUCCCGCCCAGUGGGAGGACAUAACCGGCUCCACCCCUCUCACCUUUGUUAACCAAUGCGUGUCCUUCACCACAAACGUGUCGGCGAGGUUCUGGCUGAUAGACUGCAGACAGGUCCAGGAGUCUGUUAGUUUUGGCUCUCAGCUGUACAGAGAGAUCAUAUGUGUUCCAUACAUGGCCAAGUUUGUCAUCUUUGCCAAGACGCUGGACCCCAUCGAGGCCCGUCUGCGCUGCUUCUGCAUGACGGACGACAAGAUGGACAAGACACUGGAGCAGCAAGAGAACUUCACGGAAGUUGCCCGAAGCCGAGAUGUUGAGGUGCUGGAGGGAAAACCCAUAUUCGCUGACUGCUUUGGAAACCUGGUGCCUCUAACCAAGAGCGGCCAGCACCACGUCUUCAGCUUCUUUGCCUUCAAAGAGAACCGACUGGCCCUCUUCAUCAAAAUUAGAGACACAGCACAGGAGGCAUGUGGUCGCUUGUCCUUCACAAAGGAGCCGCGAACAUAUCGUACACUCAACCACAAUGCCAUCUGCAACCUUAACAUCACUCUCCCGACAUACUCAAAGGAGUCUGAUUCAGAUCAAGAUGCAGAUGAUGAGAGCGAGAGGAGUGACAAGAAAUUGGAUUGGCAGGAUGAUGCUGACAGGAAAGAGGAGACAUUGGCUAUUGUUGCAGAUCUUCUUGGCUUCAGCUGGACUGGGCUGGCAAGAGAACUGGAACUCAGUGAGGUUGAUAUCCAAUUAGUGAGAACAGAGAAUCCUAAUUCCCUCCAAGAGCAGAGCCAUGCCUUGCUGCAGCGCUGGGUUGAGCGGGAAGGGAAACAUGCCACAGAGGAAUGUCUAAUUAAGAGACUAACCAAGAUCAACCGCAUGGACAUCGUCCAUCUUAUUGAAACCCAGAUGAACAAGUCUGUUCAAGAGCAGACGUCUAGAACGUAUGCAGAGAUAGAGAAGACACUGGAUCACAGUGAAGUGUCAGUAGCCCUAUCUUCAGUGCAAGAUGAUGCAGACAGCCCCAGAGUUGUGAGAAGGGUUGAGUCAGACCGCAGACCACCCCCAGCUGUUUCUGAAGAGGAUCUCUCAGUUGCUUCCCUCCUUGAUACUCCUUCCUGGGCAGAGCCGGUUGGAUACACCCACUCAGAGAGCAUGCAUUGUGACCUGUUGGAGGAGCUCGAGAUACCACAUGAGUUGAACCCUAACCUGUGGACCUCUGAGGAUGUAAUUACAGAGGAAACUACAAGUUACGACAACUUGGAUGAGCAAGUAUCAACGGCAUCUUCCAGGACAAGUCUUUCAGAAUCUUCAAGACAAUCUUUUUUAAAUUUAGGACAGGGACAGUUUUAUCCAACCGUAACACCCUCCUUGACACAGGUUUCAAACACACUUUCCACUGAAAAACUGGAAUUACCAUUUCCAGGUACCUUCGACCUAAGUAAAACGCUAUCUGAAAUCACAUUGACCACUCAUGGAAGCUCACCACAGGAACAAGAUAAUGAGACGUCAUUCGCCAAACAAAGUGAAAAUUCUGACUUAGCUAAACCAAUCUCGGUGGACCCAAACUCACUCUGUCAAACAGCUCUAGAAAGCCCCGAUGACCAAGUCAUCACAUCCUCAGAGUCCACACCAACACCACCCAAGUCUGGAUCCCCUCAGCUGUUGUCAGAUCUGGAGGGGAUGGACGUUAAAUUUAGAACCGACACACCUGACCCACUUCAGUUAGAAUUGAGUGACGGAAGCUCUGAAGGUGAUCAUAGGUGUGAGUUUGAUGACCUUUCAUCUGAAGAUCAAUGCCAUACAGAAGAAAGUGAUAACCUAAGAGCCAACGUGUCACCUGCUAGACCGCUUGCUAAAGAUACUAACCACACAAAUGUAGCAGUCAUAGAACCUGCACAUUUCAGAGCAUCCUCCCCAGAAUCUGUGGCAUCUCAAAGUCAACAUAGGCCCCUCUCUCCUGAUUCACCUGUUCCUCAGUUCCAAUCUUCCCAAAUCGGUUAUAAUGUGGAACCGUCUAGGCACCAGUCCUUUACACCACAAUCAACAUGUUCAGGCCAGGAAGGUACUGACUUGUGUCUGGAAACCCAGUUUGAUACCAGACCAACGUCUCCGCAGUCAGCUUCAUCAGACGUUGAACUUGAUCAAUUAUUUAGUGACAAGGCAUUGUCCCCAGACUCCGUGUCUUCCGACUUUGACUUUUUGGCCCUUCAGGACAGGUUAGCAGACUCCAGAGCAUGCUCCCCAGAACCUGUGGUGUCAGUUGAGAACCAAUCUUUUUCUACGUGUGUGACAUUUAACCAGAUGAAGAUGUCAUUCCCCAAACAAAGUGAACAUUCAGACUUAGCUAAACCAAUCUCAGCGACCCCAAACUCACUCUGUCAAAUAGCUCAAGAAAGUCCCGAUGAACAAGUCAUCACGUCCACACCAACACCACCCAAGUCUGGGUCCCCUCAGUUUGACCAGCUGUUGUCAGAUCUGGAGGAAACGGACGUUAAAUUUAGAAUGAAGGCACCUGACCCACUUCUGUUAGAAUUCAGUGAUGGAAGCUCUGAAGUUGAUCAAAUGUGUGAGCUUGAUGACCUUUCAACUGAAGAUCAAUGCCAUACAAGUGUAACACCAAACAUUGAUCAUCUUAAGGAUAGUCCUUUAUCUCCCACUGAUUCCCUUUCAACUCCAGAAUGUCCCCAAAGAUUUUGUGAAGUGAUGGUAUCACGGCACUCCAGUUUUCCUGUGGACAUAUUCCAGUCCAGAACAUAUGGUGAAAAUGCAACCGAGAUACUUUCUUCAAUGUCAAUAGAAGCCAAGAGCCUGCCUGACAUACCGGAGGAACAUCUGGCAAAUCUCUGUGAGGAAGAUUCUCCAACUGAUAUUCUUCAAAGUCCAGAAAAAAAACUUGAAUCAGCUCUAUCAUUUCAAGACUCAAUGGGUGUGACAGGAGACAUAUCAACACAGAGUAUCGAAGAUAAACUUACACAUUUAUGGGAGGUAACUUUUGGUGAUACACUUCAGACUCAAGAUGUCUCUUCCCAGUCUCUUUCUGAAUUGACUCCGGAGACAGUUACAUCUGCAAGACAUUUUAGCUUUGAGGAACUGAUGGAUGCAUCCUCAAAUAAGGCUAGGCCAAGGACCAGUGGACAGCAUUCAGAAGAAUCUCUGACUCCAGUAGAGUCCGAGGGGUUUGCCUCUCACCCUACUCCCGUUGAACCCAAAGCAGAGGUGGCUUCCUCAACUUCUGAUGAGGAUUAUAGCAUCCCAUCUGGGCAUACCGAGAUCCCUUCUACCACAACCAUUGAUACCCACAUGCCCCAAGAAAAUGCAGAAGUUGUCCAUAGUGGUGCAGGCAGCUCAACCUUUGAAUACUCUGACCCAGAGCCUUUCUUUGACUGCAUACAGGCUGCAUCAGAUUUCUCAGAGACUGAGCCUGAUGAACCUGAGGCUAGUACUAGGUCAAAUGGAGAUCAGCACCAGGGUCAUCUCAGCCAUCUUAGAGUGCUAGAAAAAGGGAAUCAAAAAAUGCUGUUGUCCUCUGGAAGUGAAGAUUAUGAGGAUGCUCCUUUUGUCCACAAAGAGAAAGAAGGAUUAUUACAAUAUUCAGAAGCAUCAGAUGAAGAAUUCACCUUGUGUGAGGCUUCACAACUGCCCCCUGUCUGGAAAAGUGUGGCAUAUGAUGAUACAGUUAAAUCUCUGACACGGGAUAUCGUCGCAGAGCUCGGAUCAUUGUCAGAAAGUUCUGAUGAUGAAUUUUUGACCAUCAGAAUAGUUCGAAGAAGAGUUGUCAUACAGGCCGAUGAAAUGCCAGACCUCCCCACUCAGUCAGUGACGGAAGAAAAGUACAAGGAUGAAAAUGGACAUGUUGUUAUCAAAAAGAUUACACGUAAAGUAAUUCGGAGGUGUGUUUCCGAUGGAGUGGAGCGUGAAGAGGUGUCAUCAGAAGGAGUCCGUGUGGCGGGUGGAGACGGAUACUCUAAGGUGGUGAAGCGCACCGUACUGAAGAGUGAGGGAGACCACUCAGAGGUAACAUUUGCUGAAGGUGAGGGUUCCUCAGCAUCGAGUCAGGAGACAGCUGAAGGCUGUAGGGUCAGCCGCGUAGAAAGAACAAUAGUGGUGGAGGGUGAAAGAACACUGACCCUCCAGGGUGAUCCGUCUUUGGCCUCCGACCUCCCCUCUGCCCAAAAAGACUUCAAACAGGCACUAGGUUAUUUAAGUGGUUUUAGCAGAACAGAGCUCCCUCUUGUGGUAGAGAGAGAGACUGUCAAAGAAGAUGGAACUGUGGUCAGGAGGACCCACUUGCGUAAAGCUCGCACCCAUAGACGAACAGUGGUGAAGAGAGCAGGGCAGCGCAAACAGGUCCUUCUAGAGCAAGUGGACCACCCGGGAAAAGGGUCAACACCACGUGACCUCCAGCAGCAUCUCCACCAGCUCUUUCACCGCUACCACGAAGAAGAAAAAGACAACGAUGAGGAUGAGGAGGAGCAGAGAAAUGUGUAACACUCUCCUGCACUCCCUGGCUCUGCCCAUGCUAAAGACCCACAAUCCUAUGCAUUAGCCACAUGCAAUCCCAGUGUGCACCUCAAAGCCACCACUGUCUUCCCCUUUUGAAGCUUUUGUUCACGAUUUACUUUUCUGCCUCCUGGCUGGUGUGAUGCGUUCAGGAUUUUCUUUUUAUGUUCUGGUAUUGUUUCACUUGUUUUGUGAGCAAAGAAUGCUGUCCGUUGUUGUUUUCCCCGAUUCACGUCCCUUUCCAUUUCAGAAUAGUUUUUUUUUGUUUGUCUCAACGCUGUGGUGGAACAAAAGGCGAAUCAACUCACUCACAAACCUCCCGACGGUAAAGAACCCUUCACCUGCUGAACCGGCUGGGACUCGUCUCUGAGCAGCUGCUUGGAUUCAAAGACAAUAUCUUUGUCACACUGCACUGCCUCUCACAUAUUCCUUCUCACUCACUGUACUAGCCUCUCUCAAGAUGUUACACAGAGAAAACCAGACUGUAUAGACACUGAAUUGAACUGCUGCUGCUGCUGCUGUGUUUUGUGUGGGCUCUGUGUAAUCCGUCUUUGGGAGUUAUAUAUUAUCUAUAAUCUAGACAUUACGGACAUCAGUAGCCUAGGAAUUAACCAUCACUCAUGUGAAGUCGAGCAGGCAUGACUAAAUGAUCCUAGCUUUGACUGCUUUGUAGUUUCGAUACAUCGCCCCUCUGCCUCUCUUUUCCUUUCUUUGUGUCUUUCCCUCCACGUUAUUAAGUUUAUAUGUAUUUGCUUUUUUCUGUCCCUUUUUCUCUUUAACUGUUGCUCUUGACUCAUGAUGUAUGAAUGUUGAAUAUGUGAGUGAGGGUGUACUGUAAGAGUGAGUGUGAGCUAAAUACUGCAUUGUCAGCUGGCGUGAAGAGGGUAAUGUCAGAGUUAUUAUAAGCUGGUUUUAUGUUGUUGUUUUUUUAAGAUGUAUUGGUACAUUUUUCAUUUAGAUAGUGAAUUAGAUUUGAGUUUGCCAUGAGUGGAUAAGAUCAUCACAGAUGUUUUACAGCCACAAUCUGAUGAGACAUUAGCGGUCAGGAGAUCAGGUGUUUCUGCUUUAUUAAUUGUUAAACCUUAUCCGUUUAUCUUUUGAGUGUUGGACAAGUUGUGAGUGUGUGUGUUGAGAAAGAGUGUGUGCCAGUUUCUGUCCGCAAAGAAAAUAUUUUAUUUUCCACAGGCUGCGUUUUGCUCUUCUGAAUGUCAGGAGGGAGCACCUCCUUGCUUUUUGUGCACAUGAUAUAAUAACAGGUAGAUUAUAUCUGAUCCACACAGAUAGUUUCCUUUUGGCAGGGCAGAUGAUUAAAUACAAGAUAAUGAUGCACCAGGCACACACACACGGUUGUUAACCUAAACCCACCAUUACUCACAGCUCCGAGCAUCGCUACUGUACGUAUCUACAACAUGUAAUGUGUUUAUGUCACUGUCACUGUUUACUUUGUGAUUUAGAAGAGUUUAAAAUGCAAAACAAGUGGAAGUUCACUGUGACAGGUAUGCUUUUAAUUUGAAAAUCAACAUCCCUUUUAUGUGAUGAUGACAGUUAUAUACAUAAACAAUGCAUAUUGAAAUAUCUAUUAGGGCAUGUAUUACUGUAUCAAACUUCAAAAAGACAAAAACAAAAUGGCUGCAGUGUGUAUAUGGCUGAUAGAGAAUAAAAGUCUACACAUGUA